GGAAGGAAAGAGAGGAGAAAGUGGAAAGAAAGAAGAGAGAGAAAGAAGAAGAGGAAGAAGAAAGAAAGAAAGGGAUUCCAUGUACAUGAUCUGGACAAUCCGACGAGCUGACUCAACUCUGAAUUGCGAGGCCGAUCCUUCGAUUAGUAGGUGUUAAAGUGAGAUUGUUACUAUGGGAACUUUUGGGGAGUUAGAUUUUGGUAGUUUGAAGCUACGUCCUUCGUAGUGUCAUCUCCUUUUCUGUUAGGAUUCGGGGUGUGACAAUAUCUUGAAUCCUAUUACUAGAUAGAUCAUUUCAUCAUAGUAAUGGAAAAGUCUCCAUAUGAAUCCAUGUCUGGUGACAUGAAAGAUAAGACUAAAGUGCAAUCCUGGGAAGAGAUCGAGCAGGCUAUACACAACAUCAUGGAUACCAACCUGUCCGAAGACAAUUUCGUCAGGUUAGAGAACCUUGUGCAACGUUACAGCAAGGUGAAAUCAUCCUUGCAACAUCGACAGAAUCAAAGGAAAGUUCCACCUCCAAUCAUCUCUGGAGAAUGGCGUGAGCGGGCCGAAGAAAGCAAGAAGCUUCUUACAACGAAACUUCAGCCUAGUGAAAGCAAUCUCUGCCUUCUUUCUUUGGCAAUUUUCCCUGAAAAUUCGAUCAUAAAGAAAAGAAGUUUAAUAUAUUGGUGGAUAGGACAGGACUUAGUUUCCCAAAGAGGAGAGAAGACGGCAGAGCAAGUAGGUGAAGAAGUGUACAAUGAGCUCCUACAACAAGGCCUAAUUGAACCCAACGAUAACGAUGCAAGCCCUCUCAUGAAUAGAUGUAAAAUGCAUCCAUUGAUCCGUUACAGGCUUCUCUCGGAGGCAGAAGAAGCGGGGCUCUUCUAUUUUGAGUCGAAGGAUAAAACUUCUCAUGAGGAUCUAAAAAAAUUAAGCAGCAGCCGCCUGCGCUUAAUAGUAGGUGGAGAAGACAGUCCACAAUACGAAAAUCUAGCCAAAGAUGAACAUGUACACACGGUGUUCAAUGUCAAUCAGCAAUACAUUAAACUCCAAUCCCGUUUGCUUUCGAACAUGAAACAAUUGGCAGUUCUUCAACUAGGACGAUGGCAGCACUCGCCAAAUUAUCAUAUUGAAGUUGAUGAUCAGAAAUUCUUGGAUGAUCUUGGGGUUCAUCACAAGCAUUUGAAGUUCCUAAGCCUUAGAGGAAUUUCUAGGAUCACAGCUCUUCCUGAUUCUAUUGUAGAACUAGUCAGCCUCGAGAUUCUUGACCUCCGAGCAUGCCACAAUUUGGAGAAGUUGCCUGAGGAUAUAGCAUCUUUGAAGAAGCUAACGCAUCUGGAUGUAUCGGAGUGUUACCUUAUAGAGCGCAUGCCGAAAGGAACGGAGAAACUGUCCUCCCUCCAGGUCUUAAAGGGGUUUGUUAUAGGGACUGCGAGGAAAAAUCCUUGCAGGAUCAGCGAUUUAGGAAAUAUGACUAAUCUGAGAAGGCUAAGUAUAUACAUAGGCCGUGGAGCAGCCAUACGGGAUGAAGAAUUUGCACCGUUGAAUGGCUUUGCAUCCCUUUGCUCUCUAACCAUCUCUUGGGGAGUCACUUCUCUGGCGUCGCAAUCGAGUCAUUUGAUAAAUCAGUUUCUUCCAGAACAAUUGGAGAAACUAGAGCUCAUAGGAAUGCCAGAAAAAAGCACACCAAAGUGGUUGAACCCUCAAGAGUUGAAGAACCUGAAGAAGCUGUACAUCAUUGGAGGGGAACUAGCGAGCUGGGAUCACCAGCAACAGAAUGAGCAAUGGUCAGUUGAGAUCUUGCGGCUGAAACACCUUAAGAAUUUGAGCAUCGGAAACAAGGAAGAUGUGCUGAAAAGGUUUCCUCGGUUACGAUACUUCGAGAAAAAAAAUUGUGCUGACAACGAUGUCUCGUGGGACUAGAGUAGGGCAGUUUAGAAACGAUUGUGAACUGUUAUCAAGAAGCCCAGGGGAGAGAGAACCAGAGUUCGUGCAGAAACUGUUCUUAUUUGAGAAGGGAUGUAGUCAGAGUAACGGUCAUGUACCAAUACCGUAACAUGACAAAUGAAUAGUCCUUUGCUAUUGAAGCUUUAUCUUACUUCAUUGCUUGUCUAAUUUCCGUUGUAAUGACUUGCAGUGGUUAUACGAUUGCUGCUCAUAAAGAUUGUUUCUCCGCCUA